UUUGAAAACUGCCAAAAAAUUUCAAAUCCCGCCAAAGUGUGUAGUUUUUUCAUCAUUAUCCAUCCAAACCAGUACCAGUUAUCUUUUUAUUUUAAUUUUUGUUAUAAAAAAAGUUCACAAUGAAAGCCGAAAAAAUGUACGUCUUCAAGCGAGAUGGUCGCAAAGAAGAAAUCCACUUCGACAAAAUCACAUCACGCAUUCAAAAGUUAUGCUAUGGUUUAAAUAUGGAUUUCGUCGAUCCCGUUGCAAUAACAUUCAAAGUUAUAAGUGGCCUCUACUCCGGAGUAACCACUCAAGAAUUAGAUAAUUUGGCUGCUGAAACUGCAGCCAGUUUAACCACCAACCAUGCUGACUAUGCAAUUUUGGCGGCACGCAUUGUUGUUUCAAAUUUACACAAAGAAACAAAGAAAGCAUUCUCAGAGGUUAUAAGUGAUCUUUAUAAUAUGAUUGAUUCGGCUACCGGUGAAAAGUCACCCAUAAUUUCUGAUUUUCAUUACAAAGUUGUAAUGGAUAAUGCUGCUCGAUUAAAUUCGGCAAUAAUUUAUGAUCGAGAUUUUGGUUAUAAUUAUUUUGGUUUUAAGACUUUGGAGAGAUCUUAUUUGUUAAAGAUUAAUGGCAAGAUUGCCGAACGUCCACAGCACAUGUUAAUGCGUGUUGCUGUUGGAAUUCAUGGCGAAGAUAUCGAUGCCGCCAUUGAAACUUAUAAUUUGCUCUCGGAGCGAUACUUUACUCAUGCUUCGCCGACUUUGUUUGCCGCUGCCACGAGGCGACCACAAUUGUCAUCUUGUUUCCUCUUGAGUAUGGUCUCCGACUCGAUUGAAGGUAUCUUUAAAUCAGUCGAGCAAUGUGCCAUGAUCUCCAAAUCCGCAGGAGGCAUUGGUCUUAAUGUCCAUUGCAUUCGAGCUAAAGGCACUGGAAUCGCGGGCACAAAUGGAACCUCAAAUGGGCUUGUUCCCAUGUUGAGAGUCUUUAAUAAUGUUGCCCGUUAUGUCGACCAAGGUGGUGGCAAACGGCCUGGAGCAUUCGCUAUCUAUCUCGAACCAUGGCAUUCAGACAUCUUCGAAUUUUUGGAUUUGAAAAAGAACACUGGAAAGGAAGAGACUCGUGCUCGAGACCUUUUCUAUGCUUUGUGGAUCCCAGAUCUCUUUAUGAAGCGUGUAGAAGCCGAUGGAGAUUGGUCAUUAAUGUGUCCACAUAAAUGCCCAGGGUUGCAUGAUGUUUGGGGUGAAAAAUUCGAAGAGCUUUAUACUCGUUAUGAGAAAGAAGGUCGUGCCAAUCGAACAAUUAAAGCUCAAACUUUAUGGUUUGCAAUAAUUGAAUCUCAAGUUGAGACUGGAACUCCUUACAUGCUCUAUAAAGAUGCUUGCAAUCGCAAAUCGAAUCAACAAAAUAUUGGAACUAUUAAAUGUAGUAAUCUUUGUACAGAAAUUGUUGAAUAUUCAGCUCCCGAUGAAAUUGCUGUAUGUAAUUUGGCCUCGAUUGCAUUGAAUGCUUUUGUAACUCCACAAAAGAAAUAUGAUUUCCAAAAGCUUAAAGAAGUUACAAAGACUGUUACAAAGAAUCUUAAUAAAAUUAUUGAUGUGAACUUUUAUCCAGUUCCGGAGGCAAAGAAAUCCAAUAUGCGUCAUAGGCCAAUUGGAAUUGGUGUACAAGGAUUUGCUGAUGCAUUGAUUAUUAUGAGGCAUCCAUUUGAAAGUGAAGGAGCACAAUUACUUAAUCAACAGAUAUUUGAAACUAUAUACUAUGGAGCGCUAGAAGCAAGUUGUGAGCUAGCUGAGAAAGAAGGUCCUUAUGAGACUUAUGAGGGUAGUCCAGUUAGUAAGGGAAUUCUGCAAUAUGACAUGUGGGAUAAGACUCCUACUGAUUUAUGGGAUUGGGCUGUUCUUAAGGAGAAAAUUGCCAAACAUGGUGUACGUAAUUCUUUGUUGGUUGCUCCAAUGCCAACUGCAUCGACUGCACAGAUUUUGGGCAAUAAUGAGUCGUUUGAACCAUACACAUCGAAUAUAUACAAUCGACGAGUUUUGUCUGGUGAAUUCCAAAUUGUUAAUCAACAUUUGUUGAAAGAUUUAACCGAAUUAGACUUGUGGGAUGAUGAUAUGAAGAAUGAAAUAAUUGCAAGUCGUGGAUCAAUUCAACAUAUUGAAAGAAUUCCAGUGGAACUUCGUGAGCUUUAUAAAACUGUAUGGGAAAUUUCAGUCCGAUCAUCGAUUAAAAUGGCAGCAGAUCGUGGAGCAUUCAUAGAUCAAAGUCAAUCAUUUAAUAUUCAUGUGGCUGAGCCAAAUUAUGGAAAAUUAACUUCAAUUCAUUUCUUUGGUUGGAAGGCUGGUUUAAAGACGGGAAUGUAUUAUUUGCGGACAAAACCAGCUGCACAUGCUAUUCAAUUUACUGUUGAUAAGACUAGAUUGGCUGGAGCUGUAACACAAAAUGGUGGUUCAUCUCAAUCGACUCCUGUUAAGGAGCAAAAUGGACAAACAUCUAAUCCUACAUCACCUGAGAAAGCGGAAAGGGAAAGAAGGAUAGCUGAGAUGGUAUGUUCGUUGGAGAAUAAAGAUGCUUGUAUGAGUUGCGGAUCUUAAGUUUUUUUUGUUUGUUUAGUGUUUUCUUUUUUUAUAUUUGUAAUCUUUUUUUUCUAAUAAUUAUUUUAUAUUAUAUUAAUGAGAGCUAAUUGAAUUGGCGAUGUAUCAAAGUAUUGUAACUAUGUUUCGAAAUUUUUAGAUAAUAAUAAUAUUAUUCCCAAAAGUA